CCAUGGGAACAAAGAAGUAUUUUCUUGUAGAGGAAUAAAAUUGGCAGUAGACUGGUUUUUGGAAAGACGCCACAAAGAUGUUACCGUGUUUGUGCCAGCAUGGAGAAAAGAACAGUCAAGACCUGAUGCUCUUAUCACAGAUCAAGAAAUCCUGCGCAAGUUAGAAAAAGAGAAAAUUCUGGUGUUUACACCAUCCCGUCGUGUGCAGGGGAGAAGGGUGGUAUGCUAUGAUGACAGAUUCAUAGUGAAGCUGGCCUUUGAGUCAGAUGGCAUCAUUGUGUCUAAUGAUAACUACAGGGACCUAGCUAAUGAAAAGCCAGAAUGGAAGAAGUUCAUAGAUGAGCGAUUGUUGAUGUAUUCAUUUGUCAAUGACAAGUAA